AUGAAUAAUCGCAGUAAUAAUGCUGCUACUGCUACUCUUACUAAUAAUAAUUGUUUUUAUAGUUAUGAAUGUAAAAAUAAAAAUAGUGAACUCUGUGCAAGAGCAAACUUGGUGAACUCCUUUCUGUCGAGCAAUAAUUUUGAAAAUGAAAAAAAAUUGAUUUUUAAAAAAAAAAAUAGUUACUUGCGUUCAUAUGAUUACGAAGAAGGUCUAUCAUAUGACUAUGAUUCUGCUCUAUCCUCUACCAUUUUUAAGUUAAAAAAAAUAUUUCAAAAAAACUGUUUGAGUAACGAUUGUAGUAUGUUUGGCUACAAAAAAGGGAUGGAUAUCCAUCAUGUGGAUGUACAUGUGUCAGCAGAUGCAUCAACAUACGUGUUAGAAACCGUAUUACCACAUGUGUUAGCAAUUGCGCGUGUUUCGGGUGAUGGACAUUUGAAAAAGGAGAAUAGGUUGGUGAAGUUGAUUACUUUAAAUGAUAAAAAGAACGAUAACUUCUUCAGUAACAUAAUAUGUGUGAAUGAGAUAAAAUAUACACAUACAAGUAAUGAUGACUGGAUGAAUUUAAAAAAUAGUCAUCUAAUGUGUGGUAAAGGAAGCCCAAAGAAAAAGGAUAAAAUGACAAUACGUGGACUCUCAAAAUAUAAAGGGACAAAUAUGUUGAACUGCAAAAUGAAAAUCAAACAAGUCAAAGACGAACUGAGUGCAUUAACAAUGUUAUACGAUAAAAGCGCAAAUGAAGUUAACUAUUACAUUCUCACUGGUGAAAUGAACGAUAGGAAUUAUAACGAUGGGGGUACCAGUUGCAUAAAACACUAUUACAGUUUAAAAAAGAAGUUAAAUGGCGCAAACAUUAUCGAAGAAGGCAAUAAACAGGAUGCGGAUGAGAUUUAUCGUUGUGAAGAAAAUAAAAUGAACGAUGAUGAAAAUGUGCUUCAGUGUGACGAACAUGGAGUAGUAAAUUUGUACGAUGAAAAAAAGUAUAUCAAUGAUUUAUACAGACUUGAAAAGGAAAAUUUAAAGAACAGCAAAAAAAAGAGCAUGUUACAUUCGUUAAUCAGUGAACGGAUCUCAAGCGAAAUGAACAAUUCUCGAAAUGCCAAUAAAAAGAAUGAAUAUAAGAAUAACGCGAAUACGAACAGCGCAAAUAAGAACAGCGCAAAUACGAACAGCGCAAAUACGAACAGCGCAAAUAAUACAAGUGACAGUGUAAAAAAGAAAAAAAAUAAAUUAAAUGCUAAUAACAAUGACAAUGAUGAUAAUGGCAACUGUAGUGUUAGUACUCGUAUUAGUUCCACUUCCAGAUGGGGUGAAAAUUAUAAUAAUAAUGAUGAAUAUGGCGGAGUGAAAAAAAAAAAAAAAAAAAAAAAUUUGGAAGAAUUUGAAAAGAAAAAAAAAAUUAACUUCAAUUCCCUUCUUACCAUUAGUCAUUGUACGAAUAAAAAAAAAAAUACUAUAUCCAUAGCGCAUGAAGAUUAUGAUGAUAAUAUAAGUAACACAAGAAGUGUUAAUGACAGCGACAAUGAGAACGACAGUGACAAUCACAGGGAACACUUGAUUGUUAAAAAUAAUUGUUAUAAUAAAAAAAAGAGUAGAGCUAAUGAAGACGAACAAAAAAAAGAAAAGGAAAAAAAAAAAAAAAAUAGGAAGAGUAGCAAUGCCCGUAAAAGUGGCACUAACAGUAACAGCAGCAGCAACAGCAGGAAUUGUAAUAUUAAAAAAAAAAAGGUGGGCAAGAGUUGCAGUACAAAUAAUGAAUAUAAAAAUUUCACAUACAAUUCCCUCAACUUAAGUAAUAAUUAUUCUAUUGAUAAGAAAAUAUUAUUGUCAAGUAAUAAUUUUCAUUACUCGUUGGCAAGUAAUUAUUGCUUUGUAAAGAAAAAAAAAAAAAAAAAAAAAAAAAAAAAAAAAAAAAAAAAAAAUACAAUCAAUUUUUAUAGUAAUAUAGUAAGUGAUGAAAAAAAACAUUUUCAUGAAAAAGAAGAAUUUAAUUAUUUAAUUGCAAAUGAAGAGGAAGAAGAGUUUUCGCCAAUUUCGAAAAUUAGUAGGAAUUUGAUAAACAAACAAGACAAAAAUAAAAUUAAAAAAAAAAAAAUAAUAAAAAUAAAAGAGAUUGGAAAGAGGGAAGGCAAAAAAAAAACUGGCAAGGAAUACCCUUAUGACAAGUACCCCUCGUUAAUUGAACUGCUUACCGGCAGAACAAGUUGUAACGAAAAAAAGGAUAAACAUAGUAACUGUCCCAAUUGCGGUGAUAGCCUUAGUCGUGGUGAAUGUAAUAACAAAAAACAGUUGCAUCAGCAUUAUGCACGCAACAAAAUGAAGAAAACAUAUUCCGUUAAUGGUGAAAUUUUUAAUGAAUCCAUUAAGGCCUCUAACAAUUUACUUGACCCAAGUCAGGAAAAUGAAAAAAGAGGUAGAGGUAGUAGUAGUAGUAGUAGUAGUAGUAGUAGUAGUAGUAAUAGUAAUAGUAAUAGUAAUAGUAUAAAAAAAAGAAAUAUUUACACCAAGGAGAUAAAAAAAAAAAAGAAAAAAGAAAAACAUUACUGUGCAUCUAAAAAGGAUGAUGCGAAUGAUGCUAAUAGUAGCAAUACUAAUAUUAGUGGGAAUGAUGAAAGUAAUAAGAACGAUGAAUGGAGUGAUAGAGUUCCAGUUAUUCCCCCCCCAAAGAAAAAUACGUACGAUUGUAAUAUAGUCAACUCGAAUAAUUAUGACAAAUAUGAAGAUAACGAUAAAUUAGAUAAUGACAGUAAUAGUUAUAACAACAUGAUCAAGGAUGAAAAUGAUGGAACCAAUAUAAUGGAAAAUUUACAAUCAGUUAUAAAUUUUAAAUCCAAAAAAAAAAAAGAAGUUGAUGUUAUUUCCAACGAGGAGAUGAUAAAUAUAGAUGAGGAGGGGGAGUAUGAAAAUAAAAAUCUGUCUGUUAAGGAUAAUGUAUACGAAAAUUUUAUAAGAGAAUAUAAAAAUCUACAGUCAUUAUUCUCGUAUAAUAAAAGUAAAAUAGAUGAUCAGCUUAGUCCCCUUUCUAGGAUAAUAGAAAAGGAUAGGAGUGGCAGACAAGGUGACAGAGGCGGAAGUGAUAGAGGAAGGAGUGAUAGAGGAAGGAGUGAUAGAGGAAGGAGUGAUAGAGGAAGGAGUGAUAGAGAUAUGAGUGACAGACAUAUGAGUGACAGACAUAUGAGUGACAGACAUAUGAGUGACAGACAUAUGAAUGAUGAUAACUUGGUGGGAUUUAGAAACGAUAUUGAAUCGUCAACAAUUGCUUACGAUAAGAAUGCAAACAAAAUAGUAAAUUAUAAUGUAAAUGAGGAAGACAUAAAUCCUCUAGAAGGAAGAGAAAAAAAAAAAAAAAAAAAAAAAAAAAAAGACGAAGUAGAAUUAGAAGCUGAACCAGGAGCAGUACACAUGCACAAAGUGAGUAAUAAACAAGUGGAUACGAUUGAAACGCUAAGUUAUGAUAACUGCAUUUCUGCAGUUCACGAAAAAAAAAACAUGUCCAAGUCGUCUGCACUGGUCGUAGAUAGCACAGAUGCUAAUUACACUCAGCCACGUGACGACAGAGCAUCCCCUAGGGAAAGGAAUUCACUCAUGAAAAAGAAAAGAAAGAAAAGCUUGAACACAGAUAUUAUCACUAUUAGUGUUGUUAGCAGUGACGGGGGUAGCGCCAACCACAUGAUUGAAAGAGGUGUCAAUGAAGGAGUGGAAAUCGGAGAAGAGCAAAAUGGAGAAGUGGUAAAAGAAACGGUAAAUGAAAAAGAUGCCAACCAAAACAUAGUGAGUAAUAAUGAGGUUAAUGAAAACUCGACUAAUGAAAUCUCAGCUGGUGAAAACGCGGCUAAUGAAAUAUCAGCUGGUGAAAACUCGGCUAAGGAAAUAUCAGCUGGUGAAAACUCGGCUAAGGAAAUAUCAGCUGGUGAAAACUCGGCUAAGGAAAUAUCAGCUGGUGAAAACUCGGCUAAGGAAAUAUCAGCUGGUGAAAACUCGGCUAGUGAAAUCUCUUCUGCUGUACGUUCCGUUAGAGGGGACAGUACAAGUGGAGAUGUCAUUCUGCAACACGAUGGAAAAAUAGAAAAGACGAGCAAAGUGAAGCACAUGAUAACAGUUUUGCCUACAGAAAGGAGGAAAAAACAAUCGCAUAUGAUGGAAGAUAUAAAGGAGGGAAAAGACUCAGACUGUUACAGUUUAAAAAGUGUAGAAAUAAUAAGGGCGGUAUUACCGAGUGAUAAAGGAAUGAAAUCAAAAAAUGAAGAGAAUUAUAUUUACAGAGAUUUGAUUAGAAAUAAAUCGUCAAUGGUCGGAAUAGAUAAUGAUAGUAAUAAAUUAAUAAGAAGUGAUAGCUAUUUUAAGUAUGAAACAGCCAAUUCGAAAAAGUUACUACACAAAAAUAUGAGUACGUUAUAUAGUCUGAAUGGAUCUAAUUUGACAUUCAACCAAGAUUUCUUUAAGGAUAUUAUAACGAGUCAUCAGAAAAAAGGAAAAAAGAAGAGCCUAAAGGGGAGCAGGGACGAAGGUAAACGGGAAAGCAAACAGGAGAAUAAACAGGAAAGCAAACAGGAGAAUAAACGGGAAAGCAAACAGGAGAAUAAACGGGAAAGCAAACAGGAGAAUAAACGGGAAAGCAAGCGGGAGAAUAAACGGGAAAGCAGACAGGAGAGUAGGCAUGAAGGUACACGUGGUGGUAGACACGAUAGUAGAUACGAAAGCAAACGUGAAAGCCGAGUGGAGAGUGUUGACACGUUUGAUAGCUUGCAUUUUACGGAGAACAAAAACGACAGAAUAUUGCUGUACGAAAAUUACAAUAAUUUUAGAAAUAGCAUUAUUUCUAAAAAGAGCAAGCACAAUGGAAGUAGUAAGAAAUACGCAAAAAGGAAAAGUAGUAGAAAGUUGAGUGGGGAAUAUAUUAUAAACAGUAGGGAGAGCUUCAUAUACAGCGACUAUACUGUGAAGUCCGACGCUGAGCAAGCUGAUGCUGAUAUAUACCGUGGACCUACUAGCUGUUAUUGUGAUAACGAUGAUAAAAAUGAAGAAGAGGACUUCUAUGGGUCUAUGAAAAAACGAAGUGUAAAUAUCAAACAAAGGAAAAAAAAAAAGGGAAUGAAAUCUGACUCUGUUAAGAAUGUAAAGGAUACUACAAAAAAAAGCUGGAGGAGGAAAAGUCAAACGGAGGAUGACAAGUCAAUUGGUUAUAGACAUUCACAGAGGAACUACUUUUCAAACGACAAUCCGAAUAAUUCUAUUUGCUCGAUAGGAGAUUUCUAUAGCUAUGGAGGGGAAUCGAAGGCAAGAACGGACGCAGAGUUGGAAGGAGAAGUGGAUGAAUGGGUAGAAGCAGGGAUAGAAGCAGGGGUAGAAGCAGGGGUAGAAGCAGGGGUAGAAGCAGGGGUAGAAGCAGGGGUAGAAGCAAAAUUAGAAGUAGAUGUGGGGGAACGGGAAGAUAUGUUUGACUCCUUUGAACAGAGAUAUGAGGAUAAGAGGGAGGAGAUGGAAACAAAAGGAGGGCAUGCGGAUAACCUGUAUUUAGCCCUAAGAAAUGAGAAAAAGAAAAGGAGCAAAGAAAUUGGUAAGCGCAAUGAAGAGGGGAAAGAAGAAGAGCAAGAAGAUGAACAACAACAACAACAACAACAACAGCAACGACGACAAGCGGACAGUCAUGUCAAUUCUUUUUUAAGCUCAGUAAUGGAAAAGAAAUUAUAUAAAAAAAAUAUUAAAAGUGAUUACUAUGAGUUUGUGCAGGAAUAUUCUGAAAAUGAAGAUUUUCAAAAAGAAAAAAGAGGAAAAACCAUUUUAAAAAAUUUAUCAAAAAUUAUAAGAGCAGAUGAUAUAUACUCUGAAAUUGAAAUAUUAAGAAAACAAAUUUUGCAAAAGAAGGGUUCAAAAGAAAUUUCAGUUAUGGGAAGAAAAAAGUGGAGUGAAAAGGAAGAAGAGAGCUGCUUCGAUUCCAAUGAUAACCAUCGGUAUAUUGGACACUCCUUUUCAUAUAACUUAAAGAAUAAUGAUGAUAAUGAUGAUGGAGAUAUCUGCGACAAUGGCAUCCGCAACUACGCCAUAAGCAACUAUGGUAGUCACUAUGAUGACAACCGCAGUGAUGACUACAACACGGAAAUGAGUAGCAUGGAAAGGAGAGACCCACAUUUAAAGCAUCGAAAUAUCAGUUUUGAAAAGAACUCCACAAAGAAGGAAAAGAGUAAGAGUAAAUAUAGCAAAGGAAAGUCGAGUACAGAACUACAUAAUUAUGAGAGUAAUAGCUUUCAUUAUAAUAGAAGUAGUAGUAUAAAGUUUAACAACAAUUUAGAAUUUUUUUCAAAUAAUUUUUUUCAUUUGAAACGAUCAAUAGAAAGGAAAAGUAGUGAAAAUAAUUUUGGUAUGAAAAUAGAAAAUACAUUAGAUAAACUAGAUGAAAAGAGCGAUAGUGAUUUAAUGCAAAAAAAAAAAAAAAGCAAAAAUUCUUUUGAAGAUUUUAAUAAAAUAAUGUAUCAUAAAGGUAGUAGUAAAAGUAAUAGUAAAAUUGAUAAUUUUUUUGGUUUAUACAAGAGGAAUAGUGAGUCCAUGAGCGUUUACAAAAAUUUGCAAAAGGAUGACAGGAAAAAGGUAAGAAAUGUUGUAUGUAACAGUAGCAGCUUUAAUAUGGAACUUGAAGAUGUGGAAGAUUUACAGAGUGAAGUGAAUUACUGUACGAGUGGUGCAGUAGCCAUCAAUGAUGAGGCUACCAUUAUCAACAAGGGGGAUAAGCGGGGGAAGCCGGAGAAGCGGAUGGAGCUAACCUCUUCCAAUGAUGAUGAUGCAAAGAAUGGCAGUGAAAGCCGAGGGAACAAGAAAAAAAAUUAUUGGGCUAUCAGCAACGGCAGAGGUGGUAAUGUCAGUAAGGCCUUGUUUGAUAUAGAAAAAGGGGAUGACGAUAAAAAAGGUGGAAGUAAAAAGGGUGGAAUCAAAAAGGGGGAAAGCAAAAAGGGGGAAAGCAAAAAUGGGGAAAGCAGAAAGGGCGGAAGCAAAAAUGGGGAAGGCAAAAAUGGGAAAGGAAAAAAUGAGGAAAGUAAAAAUGGGGAAAACAAACCGAAUGACAAUAAAAGGAGCGAACACUUAAACAGCGCAGGAAACAACUGCAAGAGCGUUAAGAAUAUCCUGCUGUCGCUUGAGCUAAGCAAUGAAGAUAAAAUUGACAAAGUGAGAAAGAUUUUAUUUUAUUCCUCUAGUGAUGAAAAAAAAUAUAUUAUGAACGAAGUGUUAAAUACGCUAUAUAUAUAUCCACAGCUAUAUGUUGCUUGUAUCAUUAGUUUAUUUUAUCUCUUCAUUUUAGACAAUGAAUUAUUUGAAAAGAAUUUCUACCCGGAUGAUUUAAUAUACUUGUUUAAUGAAAAAAUAGAUUUUAGAUAUGCUGAAUGGUUUCUAAAAACAUAUCUUUUUUAUAAAUUUAAAUUUUCGAAUGGAACCCACUUGCAUGAUUAUUGUAGGAGGAGAUCAUUUAGCAGGGGGAGCGGGAUGGACUGUAGGGGGUUGUGGUGGUGGUAUAGCAACAGCUGUGACAAAAGGGAUGAUAAAGAAAGCAAAAAGGAGGAGGAGCAGGAGAAGGGGGAAAAGAAGAAGAAGGAGGAGGAACAGGAGAAGGAUAAAUAUGUGGUGGAGGAUAAGACCAACCAGAUAUUGCAAAACGAAGUAAAGACAGAAGAAAAAAAACUAGUAAAUAUGAAAAAUAAAAUUUUUGAUAAUUUUUUCGAAGGGUAUAAUUCGAGUGUGGAUUCAUCCGACAACUACUUUUAUGAUGAGCACAAGAAAAAUGUAUGUGCAAAUGUAUGUACAAAUGGAUGUGCAAAUGGAUGUACAAAUGGAUGUACAAAUGGAUGUGCAAAUGGAUGUGCAAAUGGAUACGCAAAUGGAUGCGCAAAUGAAGAGGACAAAAAGUUAAUAUGGCUACAAUUAGACAAAUUGAAAUAUGUGGGUUACCAUGAAUGUAAAACAUUGCUAAAAUUGUGUUUAAAGAAUGAAAAGGAAAAAAAUAUUAACAUGAUAAGAUCAAGUAAAAUUCGAAAUCUUGUAGUAUCAAUAUGGUCAAAUAUAGUAUCAUCGAGACCUAAGAAAUGUUUUAUCAAGUUACUGUUUAAUUGGAUUAAUAAUAAAAAGGAUGAUACAAGUAAAAAAAAAAAUUUAUUUUAUUUACUAAAAUCAGAAAAAAAGAUUAAUAAAAAUUUGUCAAAGAUAUGUUUUAGCUAUUUUUUGAACUAUCUAAUUAAAUAUAAAGAAAAUUGCUCAAACGACAUUAUAUAUACGUUAUAUCUAAUUGAAGAGGAGAAAUUAAAAAUGUAUUCUAAAUAUUUUAUUGAAAAUAAUAAAAUAAAUUUUAAUGAGUUUAUAUCUAUCUGGAAUAUCUUAUGCAUCUUAUUUUGGGAUACAAACAAAAUUAAUUAUUUUGCUUUUUUUCAAAAAAAUAAAUUUUACUACUAUGAUUUUAUGCUUAUAUUUUUGAAUUCCUUUUAUGAUUAUAUAUGCAUAAAUAAGGAUAUGAAGGAAAUGACUAAAUUAAAUUUAAAGAGAACCUUUCUCACGGAUUUUCAAAAAACUAAAUUUUCCAGUAAAGCAAAUCAAAAAUCUAAUGAUACUUUGCAAAAAAUAAAUAGUAGUUCCUUUUCAAAGUGCUCCUUCAACAAAGAGGAAGACGACACGGCUGAUGAUAGUGAAUACUUGAAUCUUUUCGAUAUAGAAAAUAUAAUAAACAAUUUCAACUUUAAUGAUUUUGUAAUUAAUGAAAUAAGCAAGAAGAACUGCUUCAACCCUUUUUUCAGUCUCAGUGGUGCGCCUGUGCCCUGCCGCAGGGACUCCAAGGGAAGCCGAGGUACAGUCGAUAAAAAGAGAUGCAACCGCUCCUUGCAUGUCCAUUUAGAGUCGAAGGAAAGCGGAAGUAAAAGCGAAGAGGGAAAGUGCAACUCGCCCUCAUCGGAGGUAUUCCUUUCAACAGGGAGAAGAAGCAUGGAAGAGAAUAGCAUCUCUACAGACAACAGAGAAAUAGAAAAUUUAAUUUUUUUGGGAAUUUGUAUAAAGAUAGUUGUGUGCAGAAUAUCAAAUUUACUAAAUGCAAAAUCGUGCUUACAACAAUUUCAUUAUUUUUUAAAUCAUAAAUUACUAGGCUUGAAGACAUUUAAAUAUUCUAAUGUCCUUUUAGUAUACUUUAUUCCUUUUUUCAAAAAAUUUUUUUUUUUGUGGAAAUUUAUAGAGCACCAAAUUGAUAGUGAUAUAAUUAGUUUGAUAAAAGAAAUUAUUUUAGAAUUAGAGAGGAUUCAAAAUAGUAACAACAUGCAAAAUGUGGGAAGUGGAAAUGGUCGACAUAGAAAUGGUCGAAGUGGUAAUGCUCAGAAUAGUAAUGUUCAAAGUAGUAAUGUUCAAAGUAGUAAUGUUCAAAGUAGUAAUGUAGUAGUAGAAAAUGGUGGUAAAGACGUUAAUGCAUUUCGUAGGGGUAGUCUAGUAACGAAUGUAAACCUCAACUCGAAGGUAAUGCAAAAUGGUAGUACACUAAACAACUGCAAUUAUUUUUCUCAUGGUUUUAAUGGCACAUUAUAUGACAAUAAAACGUACGAUAGGAAUAAUAAUACUUUUAAAAAAGGAGGUAGAAAAGGUAGAAGCAGCAGUAGCAGUAGUAAUGGUGGUAGUGGCAGUGAUAGUAAUAAUGAUAGUGAUAGUGAUAGUACUAGUGCAAGAAAGAGAGAGGGAAAAAGAACAAACAAUUUUGAAGGGAUUAAUUUAAAAUGUAGCACCAGUAACGUUUUAUCGGACAACAGGAAAAGUAAAAGUAGUGGGAAAAAUAAUAUGAACAUCGAAUUGGUUGAUGAUAACUAUAUUUUAAUGCAAAAGCAACAAGAGGGGGGUGCAUCACUAAAAAAUGGAAAGUUGAGGCAUGGUGGAAACUCUAACGAACGUAAGCCGGACGGUUGGAAAAACAUCCGUAAUGUUAGUAGAAAUGGUAGUAGGAGUGGAAGCACGAGUGGUAGUAGACGUGGAAAUAAUAAUGAGAACAAAAUUGGCUGUGUCAAUAACAACUCACCUUUUAACAACUUGUUUUGGGCAAACGAAGAAGAAAAUGAGCACUACAUUACAUACGAUGAUAUGUUCAAGAAUUGUGAUAGUGACAACAACUCAACGGGAAAAAGUACAUCCGGAAAUUGCAAUGUGAAGGAUUAUAUAACAAGUUUACAUUUCAGUAAUUUAGCUGAUGAAAAUUAUACAUCGAAAAGGGAUAACAUGUCUAUCACUAAAAGUGCUGAUGAAAAUAUUAGAUCAGACGAGUUAUUAUUAUCAGCAUCAUCACCAGUUACAUCUUCAUUGAAAAGGAGAACAACGGGAGGAGUAAAUGCAGAAAUCGCAGGAACAGUAAUACCAGGUGUAACAUCAAAUGAAAAAUUAUUACUACCUAACAACAUGAAUGAUGAUAUAUUUUCACCUGACCCCCCCCGCACUUUAUCGAGUGAUAUUUUGCCACAAGAUGGAGGGAUAGACAAAUCAAAGCAGAACUUGUACUCUCGAAAGAAUACUAUUCCGAGAGAUUCUACUAGUGAUUAUAAUAAUAAUGAGUUUUACAAAAACAGUUUAGCUAGCCCCCACAGUAAUAAUAAGGGGAAAUAUAAUAUCCCUUCGGACCCUUUUUCGCACCCGACUAAUGGUAAUAAUGAAAAUAACAAAAGUAAAAAUAGCAAAAGUAAAAAUAGCAAAAGUAAAAAUAGCAAAAACAGUAAAAAUAGCAAAAACAGUAAAAAUAGCAAAAGUAAAAAUAGCAAAAGAACAGCAGAAAGAGACGAGGAUGAGAAAAAAAAGACAAAGGGAGAGUCGUCAUCUAACUUGAACAACAGUGGUGGUAGUGCUACGAGUGGAAGCAGUGUGGAUUGUGCCAGCAGCAAUCACAUAUCUUUGAGUGUAGAUAAACCGAAUGGUUUAAUGGAAAAAAAAAAAAAAAAAAAAAAAAUGAUAUUUCCUUAUGAAGACGAUCCUUCACAAAGUGGUGCAAACAACACCAAUGCGCAGGAUACAAGUACCAUUUUUGGAAAGCAUAGUUUACUAACGAAUAAGAAUAGUUUCUUAACCGGAAAUAAUUUAUUAACCGGUAAAAAUUUAUUAACGGGCAAUAAUUUAUUAACGGGCAAUAAUUUAUUAACGGGCAAUAAUUUAUUAACGGGCAAUAAUUUAUUAACCGGUAAAAAUUUAUUAACGGGUAAUAAUUUAUUAACGGGCAAUAAUUUAUUAACGGGCAAUAAUUUAUUAACGGGCAAUAAUUUAUUUACCGGUAAAAAUUUAUUAUCUGCGAAUAACUUUGAAAAUACAAGCGGAAACAAUUAUCACGAAGUAGAUUUCACAGAGGCCAAACUUGCGCAAAGAAAUUUAGAAUUUCCCGACAGUACCACAAGAAGAAGAGAUGCAGCAAGAGCGGAAGGAGUAGAUAGAGGAAAACAAAAGAAGAAAAAAAAAAAAGGAGGAUGUAAAUAUUUGAUGUUACGAAUUGAUAUAUCCGACUUGAAGAAUAUGAAGAAGAGAAAAUUACGACACCCCCCUGUGGGUUUAAUUAAUUUAGGAAACACAUGUUAUUUGAAUAGUUUAUUGCAAGCAUUAUAUAGUACUGUAUCGUUUGUAGUAAAUUUAUAUUUAUUUAAAAUAGGCGGAAACAGUACCCAUAAUAUCAAAUAUAAUAGUAGUAAUAAUCUCAAACAUAACAACAGUAAUAAUGGUUCAAAUAUGAAUAAAGUAUUUCAUUUAGAACAGGAAAAUUUCAAACAAGAAAACAAUACCAACAUUGAAUCCGAAAGACUUCUAGAUGCACUUAAAAAUUUUUUUAAACUAAUGACAACUACUAGAAAUUCUUAUAUAUCUCCUGAUAGAAUAUUAGGAUUACUACCGCAUGAACUGAAUAAUCGAAAUCAACAAGAUGUAACUGAAUUGUUCAGGUAUAUUUUUGAUAAAUUAGGUGGAUCAGAUAAAGAAUUCUUAAGACUAAUAUUUUCUGGAGUUGUUGUUCAAAAAGUACAAUGUCAAAAAUGUUUUUUCAUUUCUAAAAAGGAAGAAGUAAUACAUGAUUUGUCAUUUCCUGUACCUGUCAAAGCUACGGAAAAGUUAUCCAUACAAAAAUUCUUUGAUACCUUUAUUCAAAAAGAAAAAAUUUGUGGAAAUAAUAAAUACAAAUGCUCUAAAUGUAACAAGAAGAGAAAUGCGCUCAAGUGGAAUGAAAUUAUAUCCCCUCCUUGUCACCUCGUCCUUAUUUUAAACAGGUAUAACUGGUCGUUCAGCUCAAACGAGAAGAAGAAGGUAAAAACGCACGUAAAAAUUAACACAAAGAUAAUUGUUAAUAACUUCGAUUACAAAUUAUAUGGAGGAAUAAUACAUGGAGGAGUAUCAGCUUCUUCAGGUCAUUAUUAUUUCAUUGGUAAAAAAUCUGAACGUGGUCGAGAAAGAAGAAAUGUUUGGUAUCAAAUGGAUGAUUCAGUAGUUACCAGAACAAGCUCAAAAUCGAUAAACAAAAUAUCGAAAGAUCCCUCUAACGACCAUACACCAUAUGUAUUAUUUUAUCGAUGUAAACAAGCCCCCAUCUCGCCCAUCUUACAUUUCUAG